AUGGAUUAUCCCAAAAUGGAUUAUUUUCUGGAUGUCGAGUCUGCUCAUAGACUCUUGGAUGUUGAGUCGGCUCAAAGAUUCUUCUACAGCCAAGGAGCUCAAGCUCGCCGGGCGACCCUGCUUCUGCCUCCCACAUUAAUGGCGGCAUCUUCGGAGGACGAUAUAGACCGGCGGCCCAUCAGAAGAGUCCGCUCCAAGAGCGACACGCCGUACCUCGCCGAGGCCAGGAUCUCCUUCACCCUGGGGGCAGGUAGACUGCCUAUUUCCUCUUCAUUUGGUUAGUCUGCUGAGGAAGUGGAGAGGCUGGCGGCAAUGCGAUCUGACUCCCUUGUCCCAGGUACCCACACCCCACCCAUCCGGAGGAGGAGUAAGUUUGCCAACCUGGGAAGGAUUUUCAAGCCUUGGAAAUGGAGGAAGAAGAAGAGUGAAAAGUUCAAACACACGUCUGCAGCCCUGGAAAGGAAAAUAUCGAUGAGGCAAAGCAGAGAGGAGCUAAUAAAACGAGGGGUCUUGAAGGAAAUCUAUGAUAAAGAUGGGGAGCUCUCCAUAUCGAAUGAAGAUGACUCCCUGGAAAACGGACAGUCCCUGAGCUCCAGCCAGCUAUCUCUGCCCGCCCUGUCCGAGAUGGAGCCAGUCCCGAUGCCCAGGGAUCCCUGCUCGUACGAGGUGCUCCAGCCUUCCGACAUCAUGGAUGGGACAGUGUCUGAAGAGAGUCCCUCUGCCAGUGAGUCUGGAGUCCUCCUGCCCCAAGAUCCUUCAGCCAAAUCCGUCCUGCUCCUGCCCCCCAAAAAACCUGCUGCUUUCCCUGGAGACCAUGCGGAGACCCCAGUGCAGCAGCUCUCUGUCCUCAAGCAGCCCCCUGCCCUGCCUCCCAAACCCACUGCCAGGAUUGCCAGCCACUUAACAGAUCCUGGCGCCCCUGUGAAAUUGCCUUGUCUGCCAGUGAAGCUGUCGCCUCCGCUACCUCCAAAGAAAAUCAUGAUCUGUAUGCCCAUGGGGGGCCCAGACCUCUCCCUGGCGUCCUACGCGGCCCAGAAGAGCGGCCAGCAGGGCGGGGCCCAGCACCACCACACCGUCCUGCCCUCCCAGAUCCAGCACCAGCUGCAGUACGGCAGCCUCAGCCAGCACCUCCCUGCCACCACCGGCACCCUCCCCAUGCACCCCUCGGGCUGCAGGAUGAUAGAUGAGCUGAACAAAACGCUGGCCAUGACCAUGCAGAGGCUGGAAAGCUCUGAGCAGCGGGUACCCUGUUCUACUUCUUACCACAGCUCUGGUUUGCACUCGGGUGACAGUGUCACAAAAGCAGGACCUCUGGGCCUUCCGGAAAUAAGACAAGUGCCAACUGUUGUGAUUGAAUGUGAUGACAAUAAAGAAAAUGUGCCUCACGAAUCAGACUACGAAGACUCUUCCUGCCUGUACACAAGAGCAGAGGAGGAGGAAGAGGAUGAGGAUGACGACAGCUCGCUGUAUACCAGCUCCCUGGCCAUGAAGGUGUGCAGGAAGGACUCCUUAGCCAUCAAACUCAGCAACAGGCCCUCCAAGCGAGAGCUGGAAGAAAAGAACAUCCUUCCAAGGCAGACGGAUGAGGAGCGGCUGGAGCUCAGGCAGCAGAUCGGCACCAAGCUCACCAGGCGACUGAGCCAGAGGCCGACCGCAGAGGAGUUGGAGCAGAGAAACAUUUUGAAACCUCGGAAUGAACAAGAGGAACAAGAGGAGAAAAGAGAGAUCAAGAGGAGAUUAACUCGGAAGCUCAGCCAGAGGCCCACAGUGGAAGAGCUGAGGGAACGGAAGAUCCUCAUCCGCUUCAGCGAUUAUGUGGAGGUGGCCGAUGCUCAGGACUAUGACCGCAGGGCCGACAAGCCCUGGACCCGCCUCACCGCUGCCGACAAAGCUGCCAUUCGGAAGGAGCUCAAUGAAUUUAAAAGCACUGAAAUGGAAGUUCACGAAUUGAGUAGACAUUUAACAAGGUUAGUAUCAAGUGGGUUUUUUCCCCCUCAAAUUAUAACAUUUACCCGCAAACUGAACUGUCCUAGCUGCUCCUGGAGGACAAGUGCUGUGGUGGGUGCAGUGAGGGGAGAAGAUAAAAGAAAGAUCUAUGUGGGGAUCCACAGGUUCCACUGUGGUUUCUGA